UGGAUGGUUCAUUGUUGUGAUUCAUGAAGGGCUGCACCCUUCCACCCAUUACCUAAUCAUCUGCAAUGAACCAAAUUCUAUUCCUUGGUGAAUGUAUUCAAGAAAAGCACCAUCAAUUUAAGCUUAAGAUGCAUUUUUCCUUGGACGUCAUGGAGCUGAUCUUCAGCUUCAUUCUCUUUACAUCUUUCUUCAAAAUUUGGAAUCCUCUCUUAGGAGAAGCUAAGAUCUUCAUGGUUUUAAUGGAGGAAGAUCCACUUGUAUACAACAAAACCCUGGAAGCCCACCUCAGAAUUGAUGAGUAUAUGAUUUACAAAGAGAGGAUGAGUAGUGAGCAUGACAAGUUCCUUGGAUCUCUCCUCCAAACUGGUUCAUACAACAAGCUCUAUAGCUUCACUCGUUUGCUUAAUGGGUUUGCAGUCAACAUCAUGUCUGAAGAGGUUCUCAAUACUAUUCAGAAUUCAAAGGAAGUUAGGGCUGUCCAUGAAGAUAUCAAAAUGGAGAAAUUUACAACUCAUACACCUGAUUUUCUGGGAAUUCCUUCUGGUGUUUGGCCAACUUUAGGAGGAGCUAAGAACUCUGGAGAGGGGAUAGUGAUUGGCUUCAUUGACACUGGGAUCAAUCCUAACCAUCCAAGUUUCACCAGCCAGCCAUAUCAAGGCACCAAUAGUGGUAUGCAUACAAACAGCCGUAAAUUCAAAGGGAAAUGUGCCAGAGGGGAGGGGUUCCCUUCAACAGCAUGUAAUGGCAAGAUAGUAGGUGCACAAUAUUUUGCACAGGCGGCAAUUGCUGCUGGUGAUUUCAAUGCUACACGUGACUAUGCUUCCCCCUUUGAUGCUGAUGGCCAUGGAAGCCACACAGCCUCAACUGCUGCUGGAAACCACCAAAUUCCAGUUAUUUCCAAUGGUUUUGACUAUGGAUAUGCUAGUGGCAUGGCCCCUGGAGCCAGGAUUGCUGUGUACAAAGCUCUUUAUUCUUUUGGAGGCUAUAUGUCAGAUGUUGUUGCUGCUGUUGAUCAGGCAGUGGAAGAUGGAGUUGAUAUACUGAGCCUCUCAAUAGGACCAUCUAGUGUCCCUUCUGGGCCUGCUGCUUUCCUCAAUGUGCUAGAAAUACAGCUGUUGCUGGCUACAAAAGCUGGUGUACUGGUAGUUCAGGCUGCUGGCAAUGGCGGGCCUUCUUCCAGCUCCAUCCUUUCUUUUAGCCCAUGGAUCACAAGUGUGGCUGCUUCUAUCACUGACCGCAAAUACAACAAUACUAUCAAAUUAGGCAAUGGGCAAAGCUUCAGUGGCACUGGCCUUGCACCUCCAACAGCUGGGGAAGUACUUUUUCCAAUAGCUGCAGCAGCUGAUGUCUGCCGAAGUAACACUACAGCCAGUUUCAUGGCAAUUGACAGCUGCCAACACAAAGAGCUCUUCAUCCCAUCAUUAGUUCAAGGAAAGAUAAUCAUUUGCACAUACACAUUUGACUUUGAGUUUGAAGCUGCAAGCAUUGCUACAGUUGUAGACACAGUUCAUGAAAUAGGGGCUGCUGGAUUCAUAAUCACAAUGGAUCCUGAUAUAGGUUCAGAGCAAGUUAAGGGUACCACAAUGACCAUACGAGUCCCUGGAAUUGUUCUCAACAACAUGGAAGCUUCCUCAGUAUGGCACACGAUCAUUUGGUUAAAAGCUUUAUGGGAGUAUUACAACUCAAAUACUAUCAGAAGCAGAACCGGAGGAGCUAUUGCUUUUACAGCAACAGCUAGGAUUUUGGAUGGAAGGCAAGCAAUAUAUACUGGGCAGGCACCAGUUGUGGCAUCCUACUCUUCAAGAGGUCCUGAUGUGAACAAUGCUCUUCUGCAAACUGCUGAUGUCCUUAAACCAAACAUAAUGGCUCCAGGCUCCUCAAUAUGGGCAGCAUGGAGUCCUAACAGUGAAGGAGAUCACUACAUCAAAGGGCAAGAUUUUGCGGUUGUGUCUGGAACCAGCAUGGCUACGCCUCAUGUGGCUGGAGUGGCUGCUUUGAUAAAGCAAAAACACCCUCACUGGAGUCCUGCUGCAAUCACAUCAGCAAUGAUGACUACUGCUGAUGUAGCUGAUGGUUCUGGUGCCCCCAUCCUAGCUCAGCAAACCAACCAACUAGCUCCUGCAACCCCAUUUGAUUAUGGGGCUGGAUCUAUCAAUCCAUCCCGUGCCAUCGACCCUGGACUGGUGUUCAACACCUAUUUCAGACACUACAUACAAUUUCUUUGUGCUGUUCCAGGCGUUGAUGAUGAGUCCAUGAGACGAGCAGUUGGCGUUGGAUGCCCAACUAAGAGAAAGGACUGGUGCUCAGAUUUGAACACAGCAAGUCUAACUGUUUCAAAUUUGGUUGGGUCAAGGAAAGUGAUACGACGGGUGACAAAUGUGGGAGGUCACAAUGAAACAUACCAAGUCACUGUCAGGGAGCCGCUGGGUGUGAAAGUAAGUGUUUCACCACAAGUUUUUACAAUAAGUGCCAAUGCUUCAAUGCAUCUCAGAAUUGUUCUAGAGGCAACUGAGGCAACAAAUGCUUACACAUUUGGGGAGAUGGUAUUAAGGGGAAGUAGAAAGCAUGUUGUAAGUGUUCCUAUAGCUGUUUAUGCCAGCAGCUCUUUAGGGUCCUGAAUUCUUUCAAUCUAAUAAAUAAAGAUGUGAGAUGUAUUGUGUCAAAGUUUCCAUGUUACAAAACAUCUUUUUCCCAAAAUACAAACAAGGGAUCCUCAUAGAAGCUCUGUUUCCCUUAA